UUUGUACGGUAAGUACAAAGGCACUUUGUUGGUCGCGGUGGCAAUGAAUGCUAACCGUGAAAUCUUUCCUCUAGCUUUUGGGGUGGUAGAUAGCGAAAACGGGGAUAGUUGGACGUGGUUUUUACAGUUAGUUGCGACAAAUAUUAUUCCUCCGCGUCGGAAUGUUUGCAUAAUAUCUGACCGACAUGUCGCGAUUGAUUGUGCGUUCCGGAAUGUGCCACAAUUGGGAACACCUCUAAUUCAGAGGCGAUAUUGUCUUCGACACAUUCGAAGUAAUUUUAUGUCCCAAUUUCGAAGCAAGAAUCUCAAAAAAUUGUGUUGGCGUGCCGGAAGUACUCCCAUUCUAAAUGAAUUUACUAACUACAUGCAACAAAUACGGGGUGCUAAUGAAAGAGCAUUCAACUAUCUUGAUGCCAUUCCUAAAGAGAAGUGGGCACUUUGUUUUGAUGGUGGAUGUCGUUAUGGAAUUUUAACGACCAAUCUAUCUGAAAGUUUUAACCAUGCCCUAAAAGGAUGUAGAACGCUUCCGAUUACAGCACUUGUGAGAGCAACUUUCGAUAAAUCUGUUCAGCUCUUUGUAGAACGACGUAAUGCUGGUAUGAUGUGGAAUCAAAGUGGAUAUCAAUUUCCGGAAAAAAUCCGGAAGCAGAUUAUGGAUGGAUGGCAACAAAGGCGUCACACUGUUGUAAUCCCGCACAAUUAUCACAGUGGAGUUUUCUCAGUAGCCAUAGAAAAUGCAACUCCGGUUACGGUAGAUUUUUCAAGGAGCAACUGUGAUUGUGGCUGCUGGAGGAUGAACUGGAUGUCAUGCAGCUACGUGCAUGCUGUGUGUCUCUUCCUCGACCGCCCUGUCAAUCAACUUAUUCCGGAAGUCUAUAAACUGACCUCUUACAUUAAUGCACAUGCUGGUGAUAUUAUGCCUUUACCAAAUAUGAAUGAGUGGCCUGAUAUUGGGAUCCAUCUUUUACCGCCAAAAUAUUUAUCACGAACUUCUCGAGUGGGGCGUCGUCAAGAAACGAGGUUUCAAAAUGAGAUGGAUAUGCGUCCAAGCAGAAGAAGAGGACAACAAUGAUUUCAUGUAUUUUUAAUAUUUCAGCGUUUUUAAUAAUUUCUUAUGAAGGAAUUGUACUUUUUAAGUUUUUAAUAACAAGUUGUUUCUUAUCAUUUCAAUAAAUAUUUCAAUUCAGAAUA